UGUUGUCCUAGCGCCCAGCCUGAUGCAGCCACCCCCAGACGAGACCCGCAGAGAUGCAGCUGAAAACGCCCAGUGGUCCAGGCCUGAAUGCCAGGUGUGGACGGGGACACUGCUCUUGGGCACCUGCCUACUCUACUGCGCCCGCGUCACCAUGCCUGUCUGCACCGUUGCCAUGAGCCAGGACUUUGGCUGGAAUAAGAAGGAGGCCGGCAUUGUGCUUAGCAGUUUCUUCUGGGGCUACUGCCUGACGCAGGUCGUGGGUGGCCACCUCGGGGACCGCAUCGGAGGUGAGAAGGUCAUCCUGCUGUCUGCUUCCACCUGGGGCUCCAUCACCAUGGCCACCCCGCUGCUCGCCCACCUUGGCAGUGCCCACCUGGUCUCCAUGGUCUUCUCCCGUGUCCUCAUAGGCCUGCUCCAAGGUGUGUACUUCCCUGCCCUGACCAGCCUGCUGUCACAGAGAGUUCGAGAGAGCGAGAGAGCCUUCACCUACAGCACUGUGGGGGCCGGCUCCCAGUUUGGGACGCUGGUGACUGGGGUCGUGGGAUCCCUGCUCCUGGACUGGUGCGGCUGGCAGAGCGUCUUCUACUUCUCCGGUGGCCUCACCUUGCUUUGGGUGUGUUACGUGUACAGGUACCUGCUGAACGAGAAAGACCUCAUCCUGGCCCUGGGGGUCCUGGCACAAGGCCUGCCCGUGGCCAGGCCCUCCAAAGUGCCCUGGAGACAGCUCUUCAGGAAGCCUUCUGUCUGGGCGGCGGUCUGCUCCCAGCUCUCCUCAGCCUGCUCCUUCUUCAUCCUCCUCUCCUGGCUGCCCACCUUCUUCAAGGAGACCUUCCCCCAUUCCAAGGGCUGGGUCUUCAACGUGGUGCCCUGGUUGGUGGCGAUUCCUGCCAGUCUGUUCAGUGGGUUUCUCUCUGACCACCUCAUCAGUCAGGGUUACGGGACCAUCACGGUGCGCAAGUCGAUGCAGGUGAUGGGCCUCGGCCUGUCCAGCGUUUUCGCACUGUGUCUGGGUCACACCUCGAGCUUCCUGAAGGCUGUGGUCUUUGCGUCUGCCUCCAUUGGCCUCCAGACCUUCAACCACAGUGGCAUCUCUGUUAACAUCCAGGACCUGGCCCCAUCCUGUGCUGGAUUUCUGUUUGGUGUGGCCAACACUGCAGGAGCCUUGGCAGGUGUGGUGGGCGUGUGCCUGGGCGGCUAUCUGAUCGAGGCCACAGGCUCCUGGACUUGUGUGUUCAACCUGGUAGCAGUCAUCAGCAACUUGGGGCUGGGCACCUUCCUGGUGUUUGGACAGGCCCAGAGGGUGGACUUGAGCCCUGCCCAUGAGGACCUCUAGCUCCCCAACUCCACAGUCCCACCUGGAUGCUGGCAGUUUUCGGGGACAAGUGGACCUCAUCCUCAGUGCUAGGAGCCGAGGAGGAAGACCACAGCAGGGCACCCAGGAGGAAGCAGAGAAGCUGGGGAGGGGCUCAGGCACCCCACGGGCCUGGCCAGAACYGGGCUCACCUCUCUGAGCCUGUUUCCCUGCCUGCCUGUGGGCAUGACCCUGCCCUCCUCACAGGGUUAGUGUGAUCACUGCCUGUGGCUGGCUUGUCUGGGGGACACGGCUCUUCUGGCUGGCGCCCUGAUGCUGGGCCACAGGCGCUCCACCUCCGUCCGCCUAGCCUCAUUCUCUGACAGCCACUCUCAGGUGGAGCUGUGGACUGUGACAUAUUCAGGAGGACCUGCUCCGUGCCAGAGCACCCUCCUGCCCCCUCCCCUCCAGGCAGGACAAUCAGCAGUGUCUACAGAGCACCCCAUGUUCCAGGGAGCCCCUCUCCAUGUUUCUGCUUCUCCCAGCAGCCCGCUGUCACCCCAGAGGGCUGGAUGGGCAGCGUGCUAGAGAGGCCUGGCCCACCUCUGAGAGCCCCAGGGCCCCAGUUCCCUGAUCCUGUGGAUUUYGGUAGGACGGAUGUCUCCUGUGUAGGCACCUGUGUGCCCCUCAGGCCCUGCGGGGAUACCUCCUUGUCUUUCUACCUCCCUGUCAGCAGGAGGAGCUGGAGUUCUCAUGAAU